UUGCACUUUUCGGGCGACGAAAACGCCGCGCACCGCGCGCCGCGCGCGCGAACGGCGCGCGCGAGCGCGCGAGACGGUCGACGCGCGCACGCCGCCGAUGCGGACGGCGUCGAGCGCGUGUCGAGCGCGGAGAACGCGACGGUGAAGCACUUUGUAAAGUUGUGCAAGAGCAAGGCGUACCGGGACGAGCGCGGGACGGUGGUGCUGUCGUCGAGCGUGCUCAUGCGCGAGUGCUUCGGGCGCGCGGGAGAGGGGCGCGAAGCGAAAACGCUGUUCGUCGCGGAUUGGGCGGAGGCGCCGGCGGGAAUUCGGGCGAAGAGGGUGAUUCGGGCGCCGGCGAGCGUGCUGAAAAAGUGCGCGGGGGUGAACAACGCGGACGGGUUGGACGCCGUGGGGGAGUUCGCGUCGCCGGUGAUCAUGAACGCGCGCGAGUUCGUCGAUGGUGCGAAACAGAGGGACGUCGUGCGCGUGCUCGCGGUGGAGGGGGUGCAAGAUCCCGGGAAUUUGGGAACGCUCACGCGCACGGCGGUGGCGUUCGGUUGGGACACCGUGGCUUUACUUCCGGGAACGUGCGAUCCGUUCAACGACAAGGCGAUGCGCGCGGCGCGUGGGGCGACGUUUCGAGUCGAUUUCGUCGCCUUCGAUUCGUUCGACGAUCUCGCGAGCGCUGGAAGAGAAUUGAACAUGGAGUUGUACGCCGCCGAGCCGAGCGCGAAAGAAGACGUCGACCCCGAACGGGCAAAGGCUGUGGCGAAGGCGUGUCUGGUGCUCGGUACCGAAGGUCAAGGAUUGAGCGACGAUGCCUUGCGCGCGUGCAAGCCGGUGGCGAUUCCGAUGUCGGGGGAGAUGGAAAGCUUAAACGUCGGCAUCGCGGGUGGCGUUCUGAUGUAUUUGAUGCAGGCUACUACGAAGACCCGAUGA